CGCCGUUCCUCCGACGCGCUGUCCAGGUGUACGGUGAAUGAUAUUGCGGAGAUCUGCACCGAUUUGGAGCCCCAUCAGUUUGUGUGACGUGAUGGCUAAAGUGGCAUGCUUUGUCUCCGAGUCUGGCUGUCACUGGGACGUCUGAAAUGCCGUCAUCCACCGCCCUCAUCUCUCCGAGAAUAAAGCGGGAACACCGCUAUGAUGAAGACUGACACGGGGCUAAGAAUUUGAGCUGUUUGUUUAUAGCUCGAGUGGGAAAAAUUGCGGUCAGGCUAGCCAGAGACCUCACACCCGGCGGCUCGGAUAUCGGAUUAGCUUGGCCAUGGCUGGGCUCAUCAAGAAGCAGAUCCUGAAGCAUCUCUCCAGGUUCGCUAAGAACCUGUCACCGGACAAGAUCAACCUGAGCACGCUGAAGGGGGAGGGCCAGCUCACCAACCUGGAGCUGGAUGAGGAGGUUCUCCAGAGUCUGCUGGACCUGCCCACCUGGCUGGCCAUCAACCGGGUGUUCUGUAACAAGGCUGCCAUCAGGAUACCAUGGACGAAGCUCAAGACUCAUCCAAUAUCUUUGAGUCUGGAUAAAGUAGUGAUGGAAAUGAGUACCUGUGAUGAACCCCGUCCACCUAAUGGUCCGUCUCCCAUAGCAACAGCAUCAGGACAAAGUGAAUAUGGCUUUGCUGAGAAGGUUGUGGAGGGGAUGUCUCUAUCUAUCAACUCCAUUGUCAUCAGGAUCAGUGCCAAGGCCUUUAACGCCUCCUUUGAGCUCUCCCAGCUGCAGGUCUACAGCGUCAACACCAGCUGGAGCACGAGUGACCUGCGAUUCACUCGCAUCCAGGAUCCUCAGAGGGGAGAGAUUCUGACAUUUAAAGAGAUCAGCUGGCAAAUGAUCCGCAUCGAAGCUGACGCAAUCCAGAGUGCCGAGCACGAGAUGCUGAGCGCCCCCAUCCGGCUCAUCACCAACCAGUCCAAGAUCAGAGUCACUCUUAAGAGACGGAUAAAGGACUGUAACGUGGUGGCCUCCAAGCUGAUUCUUAUCCUGGACGACCUGCUGUGGGUGCUAACCGACUCCCAGCUCAAAGCUAUGGUGCAGUACGCAAAAUCCCUCAGUGAAGCUAUGGAGAAGUCUGCACAGCAGAGGAAGAGCAUGGCCACAGAGGAGCAGGUGUCAUCUCCGCCCCCCUCAGCCCAGCAGGUGCGGACUCAACAGGUGUCCGCAGCCGCCGACCAGAGCGCUACCAUGGCCAAACUGUUCAGUGCCUACGAUGUGUGCGAGACAUCCCAUCACCUCCAGAUCACACACCUUGACCUGCACAUCUGUGAUGACAUCCAUGGAAAAGACAAAGUUAACAAUAAAAGGAUAACAGGUGGAGCAAUGCAGCUUUCCUUCAGCUCCAUCACGCUGGACUACUACCCUUUUCACAGAGCAGGUGACACUUGUGUCCACUGGAUGCACUACAGCGAAGCCACCAAAGCCAGGGAGGGCUGGGCGAAGAACCUGCUUGAUGAGUUCAAAUCCAACGUGGAAAUGUUAAAGACUGCAAUUCGAGACCAACAAGCCCCGGGCCCGGCACCCGGCUCCCCGCAGCACGGUAAAAUAAACACUUCAUCCUCCAGCACUUCUUUUAGUCCUCCUCCUCAAACUCCAAAAACCCAGCUUAUGUCCAGCUCACUUGUUCUCAGGAUGGCAGACUUCAGCAUCUACCAGGUGUCAACAGCAGACCAGCGUCGCUCCAGCCCAAAGACGAUGAUUUCCUGUAAUAAGAAGUCCCUGUACCUUCCCCCAGAGAUGCCUGCCGUCCACGUUGAGUUUACAGAAUACUAUUUUCCUGAUGGAAAGGACUACCCCAUCCCAUGUCCCAACCUUUACGCCCAGCUCAAUGCCCUGCAGCUGGUUCUGGAUCCUCGCAGCCUGGUGUGGCUCAACCUCUUCGCCCUCGACCUCAGACAGAGUCUGGAGCAGUUCAUGGAGAUCUACAAGCUCAACGACUCUCAGAAACCCGAAGAGCACGUCGACAUCAAGGUUGACGGCCUGAUGCUCAAGCUGGUGGUUCCCACUGAUCAGGAAGCCUCCUGCCCCGCUGACCUGCCUCGCUCCAUCUCAAUACAGACAUCAGAAAUGGUGGCCACCAACACCCGGCACCCUGCCAACUGCACCCGCUCACACCUGGAGGCCCUGCUGCAGGCUUUCGAAGAGGAGCCCUUCUUCUCUUCCUCUUUCUCCUCUUUCCCUCGCUCCUCCUCCACCAUACCUAUCCUUCAUCCUGUCUUCCAGCGCCACGCUCACGAGCAAGACACCAAGCUGCACGACAUCUAUCGGGGGCUGGUGGUGCCAACGAUGGGCACAGUUGCCCUCAAGAUGCCCGCCGCCACAGACUUUUGGGCGCUGCACUUUGCACAGUUUUGGGUGGACUACGAAGGCACCCGUGGAGGUAAAGGGCGGCCGCAGCCCUUCGUGGACUCCUUCCCUCUCACCGUGUGGGCAUGUCAGCCAGCAAAGCUUGCCCAGCAGCAGGAGAAGCUGCGAAGCGGUGCUGGAUCAGGACUGUCCAAAAGCACAUCAGUAGAGGCCGUCGCACGCUUGCAGAGGAAACGAUUGUUAAAGGAGUAUUACAGCACUGACAGCACACCAUCAUCAUCAUCUUCAUCAUCAUCAUCUCACAGCAAUAAUGCAACACUGCCACCCAACAAUGGGCUCCAUAAACCCCUCUCACUGGACAGUCUGCCCUCCUCUUCCUCCUCAACGUCAAGUAAAGAUGCAGAUGUGCAUGUUUUGGUGCAUGUGCAAAAGCACCUUAGUGCUCAGGUGAGCCACCGGCAGUUUGUGUUUCUGAUGCAUCUUCAGCGCAGCCUCAAAGCCCUGCAGCAGACCCUGCAGCAGGACCUGGAGGAGAUGGUCUUCAAGAGAGACCGCAAGGACACCUCCCACCGUCCUGCAGAUGACCAGCCCUUCACAGUCUGCUUGGGCCUCCUGCUCAAAAGUGCAGAGGUGUCCCUCCUCCUGAAGCCUGUCCCCCACCCUGAGGGUUCAGGAUCCCCUAUAGGAUCAGAGCUCUCCCCAUCAGAAAGCCGAGGAACUCUGGAGCCGGCGAACGAAGCGGGAGAGGGAGCAGAGAAGAGUAAUGAUGGGUCUGGCUCAGAAGGAGAUGGAGCUAAGCAAUCUUGCACUGUAGACCAGCUGCUAUGUGGGGACGUUUCAGAAGGUGGAGCUACGCAGGGCCCUGCUCCUCUCGUCCCCUCGUGCACUUCUACACGUCCUGAUUCAGCGGAGGAGAGGACUCCAGCUAAGAAUGCAGGGAGGGGGAGUUCAGAUGAAGGGGGAGACAAUGUGGUGGAUGGGUUGGGUAUAACUGAUGAGGUGGGAGGUGUGUUAGACUCCAGAAUCCCCAGUGACCCUCCCUCUGAUCCACUGAGCAACAGAGACUUCAACGACAAAGAUAAGACUGCAACCCCGAAGAUGCCUCAGUCGAUAUCCAGGAAAGGAAGUUUGUCUGUGGUUUCUGAUCUUCUCAGCUCCUCAAACUCCAGCAGAUCCACCUCCCUUUAUUCCAUGUCCAACAUUGGUCGUUUGAUGCGUGACCGCUCCCAGUCCAGCUUCUCUGUGUCCUAUAAAAACAUGAAGAAGAGCCCAUCCCUGCAGUCCCUGGACAACAUCUCCAUUGACAGCUACCUGAUGGAGGAUGGAGACGCCUACAGCUUGAUGGAAAGAGACGACGUGUCCAUCUCAGGCUUCAAGGACGCCAUCAGUGAACAGAGCGCCACAGAGAGCGCCGCUGAGGUGGUCACUGGUCAGGAUCAGGAGGGGGGCGUGUCCCCUGACAGUGCCAGCGCAACGUCUCAGAGCGUUGAUGAGCCCACCAAAGAUAUAGUCUCUGUGCUGGUGUUGAAGGUAGACUCAGUGUGUGUGGGCAUGGAGGUGGUGGGUGAGAGCACUGCCGUGGCUCUGGAGGUGGGUCAGGUCACACCCAACCAGCUGGGCAACGUCAGCCUCAGGCAGUACCUCAGCAACCGCAGCCUUGGCAUGGUGUGUUCAGUACCAAUACCUGCUCAGAGCAGCCAAGCUGGAGGCGAGGUCACCUCUGCAGCGGAUCGGAGACCCCACGGUCCGGAGGUACGGGCUCGCCUGGAGACCGGGCCCUGCGCCGCAGCCCACUCCCCGCUGGCAGAGCGCAACGGCUUCCUGCAGCUGCGUCUCCAUGGAUACCACACAAGCUUCCUGAUGUCCACGCUGCGCAACCUCACUCUUUUCCUGGAGGACAACUCUGCCCCGCAGGUGCUGCCCAUGAAGAUCAGCGUCAGGGACACACACAUCGAUUUAAAGGAUGACGGCCCCCGAGACAAUCCCUCCGACCACGAGCCCUCUCCAAUCACUCUGCAUGUGGACAGUCUCAUCAUACACAGGAGAGACGAUGGGUCUUUCUCCAUUGGAGUGGAUGAAGCAGCAGAGGCCAAAACCAAGACAAAGAGCUCAUUGAUUGACAGCUCUCUGAGUCCAGUUCCUGAGACUGUGAGCAGCGUCUGCAGGAUACCAAAGGCUACGCAGACUCAAGCUCCGCCCACCAGCCCUUCUCCAUCCACCAGGGAAAAGAUGCUGAUGCUGAUGGAGGAGAACGAAUGCCUGAAGGUGGAGCUGUCCCGAGCCAAAAUGGCGCUGGCAGAGGCUCAGAUGGAGAAGGACUCGCUGCUUCACCGCAUGAGGAGCCUCAAAGUCAACACCAGCUAGACCCGACUUCUCCGUCACAGCCAGACGUUCGGGUCUGCAGUGGCGAUGCUGAGAGACAGCAGUUCACGUCAAGUAAAGAAGAAGAUGGGCUUUUUUUUUUCCUUUUUACUUUAGUCUCUCCAUUUUCACGCUUCUUCGAGCGAGCCGGCACGACUUUAGACUUCAAAGUGAAGCAGAUAAAGAAGAUGAGUGAAAACACACAUUUUUACAAGCUGGUCCGUUUUUUCUUCUUCGGCUUGGACGGCAGAGACGUUCAGAAGGUUUUAAAAGAAGAGAAGCGAUGCUGAGGAGGAACGUUUGUGUGUCUGUAUGUGGGAAUAAAAGAGGAUGAGAUCUAUAUCUCUGGUUGUGCCUACAGAAAACCCUCCCCCCCCAUUCCUGGUGUCUGAGUGGAAGUAAAAAGAGCUUCGUAUCAGAGUUAGAAAGUACACUGAAUGUUGUAUCUUCAGAGGAAUGUCUAAAAAACAACACUUAUUUUGCACUGCACUGAAGUUUUUAACUUGGUGCUUUCAUAUUCCGAUGGGGAGGAGACGAAUCCCGCUCCUCCUGAUCGUGUACAGUGUAAAUUGUACUCGAAUGUGAACACGUAACUAUUUUCUGAAGAACCUUGAAUGGUUACACAGUGUUUCAGUUGGAUUUGUGUGUUUGUGUGCAUCUCAGAUAGAAAACAAGUGUUUCGUUGAAAAGUAGAGGAGGAAAUUCAUUCAGUUCCACAGCUUUGUCAAGCAAAAUGCUUCAUACUAGUCUGUACGCGCCACCCUUGUCCUAUUUUUCUAUGUGUAAAUAGCUACUUAACACAUGCUGCACUUUUAAACCUGAGGCAUUGUUAAAAAAUCUGAAGGUGAAACUGUGAUAGCAGCAGGUGGACGCACAGAUUAAAAUGAACAAAAAAAAGGCAGAUUGAAGCUGCCAGACUACCUGCGUGCAUCGUUAUGUAAAAACUUUGACUCUACCAUGUGGUGUAAUUUUAGUUUAGUUUUUUUUUUUGUGGACACGUUACGACCACAUCUGCUGCUGUUUCAUCCCUGUGUGAAAGUUUGAGGAUAAAAACCUCAGAAAAUGUUAAAAACGACUCAAAUCGACUGAAUUUUCUAACUACAUGCUUUGACACAGCACAUAAAGAAAGAAAGAUGGGUAGUUUUAGGUUUCAGAAGCCUUAAACUCACACACAACGUUAACCAGUUGUGUCCUCUCCAGCUCGGCCCGGUUCAUUUCAAGUUCUCCAAUUAAAUAUAGUAAAAAGUUCUGCUUUCUGUUGUAGCUGGGAAACGAUUUCUACAGAUUCAAAUGUGAAAUAUCUCGGGUUUCGACUUUCUUUGAUCUUCAUUUUCUAUUUUUUUCUCUCCAAUCCUCAUCAGAGCCUUCCUCCCCUUCAGAGGGGAAAAGCCACCUUCAGAAAGGAGGGAAAAUUCCACAAAUGAUGAAAAGUUGUAUUUUGACUGUCAAAGCUGCUGAAAUACUGAUGAAAAUGAACUAAUAAACAUUUUAAAGGUU